UAAACAUAUAAAUAGAAUGAAAGAUUUUUGUCCAUAAAGUUGGGGUACUAUAUAUUAUAACAGGUAAAAUUUGGCAGGUUUUUAUGCAUUGUUACAUUUUUUACUGGAUCAUACUGAAAUUGUCCCCCGAUAAAGAAAGAAAGAGGAAACUGAGUGAACAAAGCAACGCCACUUCAUCCUCAAACUCUAUUUUCUAUCAAUAAGGUCAGAUUUCAAGUUUUGAAUCAUCGAUCAUCAGUUCCUCCACAGCUCCACUAGAUCAGAUUUCGAUUUUUGGAUCCUCCGGUUCUCUUCUUACAUUCAAUUUCAUUUUUCCUUCUUUGUCGAAGAAGUUUGCGAAGUUCGCAUCUCCGCUGCUCCUCCGCUGCAGCAACUUGAUUCUUUCAUGGUAAGCUCAUUCCGAUUUUUCAAAUCAGAUGCUGAAUCCAAUCUAUGGCUGCUGCUUCCUCUACUUUGACCCGAUCCUUUUCUGUUUGGUAGCUGAGAAGGUCGUCAUCUUGAUUCCCGGCGAAUACGCCAACAUGGAGCACGAGGUCGUCGUCGUCGAGAGAACACGGAAGGCGAAUACGCCGUCCUGGAGCACGAGGUCGUCCUUGACGUCGUCGAAUUCUCUUUUUUUCAAAUGCUCUGUCACUUUCCAUCGAUAACCUCGCAGCGGCUCUCCAAUCCCUAGCCAUGGCGUCCAAUCCCUCGCCAGCGCCGUUGAUUAACCUUAAUCUGCAAUUGAGUGAGUUCAAGUUUCAGUCCUUACUCAUUUUGAGUGAAUCCAUGAGGCACUCGCUUCAUCUUUUCCUGUUUCCAGUUUGCAGCUACUUUGCCCUAAAAUCCUUCUCACUUUUCAAUUCAAUUAGAUAACAAACAGCUCCGGCAUUGCCCGCUCAAUUGAUCCUCUCACCCGCCGUCGCCGUCGCCUCCUUGCAUGAUCGCUUGCCGGUCACCUUUGAGCUAGUCAGGGCGGGAAUAAAAUGUCAUCGGCGAUUUCCAAUUUCACACCUGUACUCGAGGCGGGAUCUCGGUCACUCCUGCGGAUAUGAAUCCUGGUCUGAAUUGAGGAGCUUUCGUCUCUCAAAUACUCCUUUCUGGCCACUCAGAUGCUUCAUUUGUUGGAUUGUGAGUCUUGUUCUUUUUUUUUUUUUUUUAUAUAUAUAUAUAUAUAGGAUGAGUCUUGUUCUUAACCAUAUAGGAUUUGUCAACCACACUCUAAAAAACAGUGUUGGGAUACACAUAGUUUAGGGUGGGUUGUAUAUAGCCCCCAACAUAUCUGAUUCUACUUUAUAAGAUGUGGAUUAUAUAGGCUAUCAACCCCUUCCUCAUUCAAGAUCCAAGUUUAAUUCCAAUAAACUAUCGUGAUUUUGGUUUCCCAUGUCUCAGCCCCACUACUGUUAAGGAGUUGUUCUUUGCUGAGACAACCAUGUACUACAUGAGCAAGGGGAAGCUCACUGUUCAUUGUUGUGUCAUUAUGAAUUCAGAUGGACCUGAGUGAGCCAAAUUACCGAUGCGGUGAGACUGGGCAUCGUAUCCCGUUGAAAUGUAUGGAGAUCAAAGAUGGUGUCAAGCUUGAAAAACAGGAAAAGUCUAAAAAGAAUCGAUCUGAUCUGGAAACGUCUGCUGGUAGUGGAAAUCAGCAGGCUUCUUCCAUUGCAGGUAAAAAUUUAGCCGAGGACUCUAAGAAACUAGAUGGUGGCGGUGGAUCACAGGCUUACAUUACUUACAGAAGUUACUGCCUGCUGAUGAAGAGAAGGUUUCAGUGCCUGGUUUUGAGGUAUGUGAAUUUCCUUUCCGGGGCUAUAUACCGCCUGCAAUGGCAUAUGUGGUCAUUGCAGGAAUUUGAAGAUUGAACAAUGACAUUUUAUAGCUAAAAUAAAAAUGGAUGCAAGGAAUCGGAUUCUAUGCUCUUGAGAUGGGAUUUGUGAAUUAGUUGUAUGAUGUAAUCCUUAGACAGCAAGUCGUUUGCUGUUCUCUUUCUCUUGGAAUUGCUUAUCAAUAUGAAAUGCUUAUUAUUAUUGUUAUUAUUAUUGAGGUUACUGUUUUUUGGAAGGUAGUGUGAGAUGUUUCUGCACUUUCUUGAAUCACCAAACAUGAUGAGGAGGAAAGUGACGAGGACUCUGAUCUUGAUUUGUCCUGGAAAAUGUUGGAUCUUGCCAGGGCAAUUGUUGAGAAGUCUUCUAGCUGAAGUUGCCUUAGAGAGAGGUUAGUUGGCCUUCUUUUUCAUGCGGAUCAAUGGCUUUUUCAUUGGUUUGAGAUUAGGAAAGUGGCGAGAAGGAUUUGGGGGAGUUGGGUACCACGUAGCUCAUGUAGCAGGUUUGCCUAGUAUAACUAUAACCAAAUUGUUAUAUUUAUGUUAGAGUGAACCAAUGCAAGAACACUUCCAAACUUCCAAUAGCAGAAGCGGAGAGUUCACAACCAAAGUCCAUGAGGUAUUAUCUGCUAGUGCUUUUCUCUGCUUUUGAAGAUGCUGGAUUGGAUGACAACAAGGUAUUGUUUUUCAUUUCAGGGAAAGAUACCCAUUUCAUAUGAUUGGGUUAGAAAACAUAAUUAAAAAAAGAAUAAUGUUGUCAUUAUAACUUUCCUACCACUAAUGAAAUAUCCUUGGUUUAGAGUUCUGCCCAUUCAAGUUCUGCAUGGCAUAUGUGAUCCACAGAGAUCUUAAAUCAUCAAAUCAUUUAUGUGUGUGUGUCUCCAGUGCAACAUUCUAUUGUCAUGAAAAGGAUUCUCAGGCAGUAGUCACCCUAAGUUAGCUUCUUAGACCUUAUGUUAGUAGAAUGCUAUUGUAUUCAUGUGUAAGUCAUUGUAAUCCUGUCGGUGGACAUUAGACACGGGAGCCUACUGAUUUUGGUUUAUUUGUGUAUCUGUUUGCAGUAAAAGCAAUAGCAUCUAAGAGGAGCUUCAUGAUUUAAUGGUGAAUAUGAACUGAGAUGAUUUAACUUAUUAGUAUCAGUAGCAACAUCUCUGCAUAUGGAGGUAAAAGGUGAUUAAUGGUGCCUCUGCUUUCCCAAUUCCAAUCCUGUCUUCAAUUUUUAUCCUUGGAAGUCUUUAUUUUAUUGAGCAUGAUGGGAAUCAUUAUUAUUGUUCGGUCACAGAACCAAACAUUUAAUGGUGCUCAUGAACUAAGAUGAUCUAUAAGAAGGAUUUCAACUGUUUAGUUUUGUCAUCUGCAGGAGAAUGUCUUGAUGGUGAACAAUUGAAUGAUGGACUAUUGGCAACUAUAACAGGAUACAUUUUGUAGUGUUUUCAUUUUGUUCAUCUUAAGUUAGUUAUAGAUGCAAUUGUAUGAGAUAGUGAGGUCAUUCUUAGAUCUUAGUUAUGACAUUGUGUAAUUGUGAUUUUUGUUGCUAGACAAUUUUUUAUAUACGAGAUAUGACAUAUACAAUUUUUUACUAUAAUUCAAUUUAAUUUUCAUAAUGGUGUAUUUUAAUGACCAAAAUCUCAUGAACAAAAUUGGUCAUAUUAAUUAUUUAUUUGGUCGCCUUAUGUGUUUUCCACAACCAAUUUUUAUGGUUGUGCAACACUUUCCUAAUGAAAAUAAUUAGUUUCA